CGCUUGCACCGAGCCAGCCGCCAGGUUUCGGCCGCGGCCACCCUCCGCCGUCCAGGGCCUCUCCGUCUCGGCCCCGGGACCCGGCUCCCCGCCAGCCCCGGCCCCGGCACCAUGUCGGAGAAGAGCGUGGAGGCAGCGGCCGAGUUGAGCGCCAAGGACCUGAAGGAGAAGAAGGAGAAAGUGGAGGAGAAGGCAAGCCGGAAAGAGCGAAAGAAAGAAGUAGUGGAGGAGGAGGAGAAUGGAGCUGAGGAGGAGGAAGAAGAAACUGCUGAAGAUGGAGAGGAGGAGGAUGAAGAAGAUGAGGAAGAAGAAGAGGAGGAUGACGAAGGGCCCGCGCUGAAGAGAGCAGCCGAAGAGGAGGAUGAAGCGGAACCCAAGCGGCAGAAGACAGAGAAUGGGGCAUCGGCAUGAGCCCCUGCCAGCGGGCUGGGGGCGGGACCUUCAAGGCCUGGAGACGGGGUGGGAACAGACCUAAGUGCAGCCGCCCCUCACCCGGCCCCAGAGCCCCCACCCUCUACCUUCCCCCCAGCUUCAUUCUCACCUCUCCAAACACUGGCCCUUCAUCCUCACUGCCAUUCCCCAUGGUUCACCUCCUGACCUGCUCCGUUUGAGCUCCCCAGCUGGCCUCUACUUGCCCCUCUCCCCUCCCUCGCCCUCCUCUUGCCUCUUCACCAUCCUCUGCCCUGGUCCUCCCGUAGCCUUCCUCCCUAUCCUCUGCACCCCCAUCCCUCCGUCCUGCCCCCCACCCCCGUCCCUCACCUGCCUGAUCCCCGGGUCUCCCUCCAAACCCUCCUCUCAGACAGCGCCAGGCCGGGGUGGGGCCGGGGUUGGGGCCGAGCCCCACAGCUGCCCCCCUCCCCUCCCCUUUUUGUAUAAUUUAAUAAAGAAAUGGUCGCGCUUCUGUUUUUAA